AUGAAUUCAGACUCCAGCCCGAGCAGCAGAGCUUCUUCCCCGGGCAUGGACGGCAUGUUUCUCCGAGACCACCACCAUCCGCACCAUCACCACCUCCUCCACCACCACCACGUUGGCUCAGCUGUGACCUCCUCCACGCAGAGCGGCGAGCAGCAGCGGCAGAAGGUGACAGGCGGAGAGCACCUGCGCUCUGGAGACCCCAAGUCCGUUUCAGUGGGCAGCAGCAGCAGCAGCAGCAGCAGCAGCAGCAGCAGCAGCAGCAACAAGUACAAGCUGAAGAAGCAGGUCACCGAGGAGGAAAUGUACCAGCUCAGGCUCAAGAUCAACGGCCGCGAGCGGAAGCGCAUGCACGACCUAAACCUGGCCAUGGACGGACUGCGCGAGGUGAUGCCCUACGCGCACGGGCCUUCAGUGCGGAAGCUGUCCAAGAUCGCCACGCUGCUUCUGGCCAGGAACUACAUCCUGAUGCUCACCAGCUCCUUGGAUGAGAUGAAGCGCCUGGUGGGGGAGAUAUACGGCGGCCAGCACUCAGCCUUCCACUGCGGCACCGUGGCGCACGCUGCGGGCGGCCCAGGCGGCCAUGCGGGUGGUCCCGCCGCCGCGGCAGCAGCUGCAGCCGCCGCCGCCGCCGCUGCGCACCAGGUGCACCCUCUCCUCGGGAGCGCGCUGUCCUCCUCCACGUCCUCCACACUGUCCAGCGCGCUGCCGGGACUCACGUCCAUCAGAGCGCCCCACCCGCUGAUGAAGGGCUCCCCGGCUGCGCCCCCGGCCCUGCAGCUGGGCUCCGGCUUCCAGCACUGGGCCGGACUGCCUUGUCCCUGCACCAUCUGCCAGGUGCCUCCUCCUCCGCACAUCCCCAUCACCUCCAACGGCCUCACGAGACUCACGGGGGAGGGGAAGGACGGCCUGAAAUGA